AUGAGCCGGUCCAUGGAAGGAAAGUUUUUAGCAACUGAAAUGGACUUCCUCAGAAGAUCGGCAAGAAAUUCAAAAUUGGAAAAAGUGCGAAAUGAAGAAAUAAAGAAAAUAUCGAAGAAAGAGAUAACCAUCAUAGAAGAAAUCCAAAAAAAAAACAAAGGGAGAAGAAAGGCUACCAAAGAAUAUAAUGAAAUGGAUCCUAACUGUAAAAAGAAAACGAGGAAGACCCCGAGAGACAUGCUCGACAUGAAGAGCCUUAAACAGGUUGAGUUUGGUUUAACAAUAGUUUUGGUUUUAUUAAUUAUUGAACAAUGUGAAUGUAGGAUUGAAAAUAGUUUGGAAGAUUACAGUGAAUUUGAUGGUAAAGAUGAAAGAGAAGGAAAACAAUAUUGGCCCGUUAUUGGACUGGUACGAUUCGAAAACAGCAAUUGCAGUUCCCUAGAAGGAUACGAAGGUGUAUGUGUCACAAGAAGAGAAUGUGGCUAUAUUGGAGGUAUCCAAUCAGGCUCUUGCACCUCAAACGGCAUUGGACGAUGUUGUCUACUUUAUCGGACAUGUGGCCAAAGUUCAGCGUAUAACAACACAUAUUUUGUCAGCGAUGAUUAUCCAAAUACUUUCAAUGACGAGACAUCCUGUACAUUUACUAUAGAGCCCUGUCCGGGAACUUCUUGUCAAGCUAGAGUUGAUUUUUUGAAUUUCGUACUGUCCCAGCCAGAUGGUAAUGGUAACUGCAUCUAUGAUUCAAUGGUUAUAACAGGAUCAGGCGGCAAUAUCCCUGUUAUUUGUGGAGAAAAUUCGGGACAACAUAUAUAUUUGACGUUCGUAGGGAAUAACAGCAUCACUAUCACUAUAUCCACGUCAUCAUCUGUGGAUUUGGAACGAAGUUUUAAUUUGAAAGUAACUCAGAUUGCCUGUGACUGUCCCACUUUAGCUCCACCAGGAUGCCUUCAGUACUACACCGACUUAAGUGCUACAGUCAGAAGUUUCAAUUACGGUACUCAAAUCAACGGAGCUGUCAUUACAUACGCCAAUUCAACAACAGUAGCCGGUACUAGGCAACUAGCAAACACAAACUACGGUGUCUGCAUUCAGAUGCAACCAGGAUACUGUUCCAUUCAAUGGGCCCAAAGCAGUGAUAGUACCUCUUUCACUGUAACUAACAACACAGCACUAGUAGAAGUAGUUUCAGGACUUCCUAAUGAUCCCAUCGUUGGAUCAUUAUGCACUACUGAUUUUGUUGUUAUACCCAAUCCGUAUUAUUCUAAUGACACAGCUGUCAAUUCGGAUAGAUUUUGUGGAAAUGAGUUUGCAACAGUUUACACAUACUCAAAACCAUUUGUUCUGACUGUGAUUACUGAUGCUGAUGAGCUUCAAAGUGAGGAUGUGGCAAACAGAGGGUUUUCACUGACAUUUACUCAACAGUCUUGUCGAAAUGUUAAUCCGGUAGUUCUUUUAACUGGAUAGUUUAGAAAUAAUAAUUUUUUU